AUGGCUGACAGUAAGAGCACACCUCCACAGGACACAGAGGACACGAAUACCCAGUUUGAGUUCUUGAAGAAAUUCAAGCGCUUCAACCCUCUUGAGCCUUCUUUAGCCAUUCUUAGCUUCUUCUUGGUCACUCUUCUUUUCAUUAGCUGCUUCUCUUAUUUGGAUUACCAUACAGUUAUUAGCGGGAUUCGUUCUCGUGGGUUUGCCUUGCUGGGAUUGCAUGGCUCGUCAUCUUUACCAUCAUCAACUGGGAAUGUACGGCCGGGAUUUCUUGAUGAAGGCUGUGUUGCGUGUGAUGUGUUUGAUGGGAAUUGGGUUUGGGAUGAGAGCUAUCCGUUGUAUGAGUCACAAAAUUGCUCUUUCAUGGAUGAAGGCUUUAGAUGUUCUGAGAAUGGCAGGCCUGAUUCUAUCUUUACCAAGUGGCGUUGGCAACCCAAAGAUUGCAGCUUGCCCAGAUUUGAUGCAGGGAAGAUGUUGGAAAAGCUUCGGAACCGGCGUCUUGUAUUUGUUGGUGAUUCAAUUGGAAGGAACCAGUGGGAGUCUCUUCUCUGUAUGCUUUCCUCUGCAAUUCCUAACAAGACUUCAAUAUAUGAGGUGAAUGGGAAUCCAAUCACAAAGCACUCGGGGUUCUUGGUGUUCAAGUUUGAGGACUUCAACUGCACAGUGGAAUACUACAGAGCACCAUUUCUAGUCUUUCAGGGCCGUCCUCCAGCUGGCGCUCCAGCAAAAGUGAAGUGCGCUUUAAAAGUGGAUCAACUGGAAGGGACUUACACCAAGUGGAGAGAUGCAGAUGUGUUGAUUUUCAAUGCUGGGCACUGGUGGAGUUAUGAGAAGACCUUAAGAGAGGGUUGCUACUUCCAAGAAGGGGAGGUGGUGAAGAUGAAUAUGACUGUUGAAACUGCAUACCGCAGAUCGAUUGAAACUGUGAUUGAUUGGAUUGGUAGUGAAGUGAACAUGAGCAAGACUUAUGUCCUCUUUCGAACUUAUGCUCCUGUGCAUUUCAGUGGCGGUGAUUGGAAUACUGGUGGUGGUUGUCACUUGGAGACUCUACCUGGAUUAACUUCAUUGCCAGAUUCAUGCACAAGUGUUUAUAAGACUAUCUUUGAUAUAGUAUUGGAGCGAUCAAAUGAGUCACAUGUUAGGAAAUUGGAUUUGCUGAAUGUGACAAACAUGUCUCUAUGGAGAAAAGAUGGCCAUGCGUCUAUAUACUAUCUAGGGCCUGAGGCUGGACCAGCCUCCAUCAGUCAUCAAGACUGCAGCCACUGGUGCCUACCGGGUGUCCCUGAUGCAUGGAAUGAGCUUCUUUAUGCACUCUUCCUUAAACGGGAAUCCAUUCUCACGGGAAAUUCAACCAAAUCUUUGUAG